GUUUGAAAGUCGGAAAGGCGAGGGUCCCAAUCGAAUCGAAAUCGAAGGAUGUGAAUCGAGUGAAAUCCUGUGAAAGAUACCCGCGAAUCGGAACAGGAUAUAGCUAGUGAAGGACUAAAAAAACGUUGGGACUCGGUUGGUUUCCGGAAACACAAAAAACAGCACCGCCUCGCUCAACGGAAUUCAGUUUUCGCGACCUAUUCGCCUGUUCUAACCCCUCUCUCCGUGUUUUCCAGUACAUUUUGUGUGCAUAUACUAGAAAAAAAGUGAUGUGAGCAGAGAACCGCGACCCGACGCCACUGACAUAAAUUCCUAUUUUUAACUUUCCUGGGGCCAAAUCGCCACCGAUGCGGAAUCAAUUCCGAAUCGCCAGCCGUAUGCAAAUUGUGCUGAAACUAAGGCGAGAAAAGGCUGCGGAAAUCCCUUCCAGUUAACAAUUUAAAGUUAUUUCGCCUGUGGCUUCCAAACCGUUUGACAAUCGUCUCUCUCGCUGUCUCUGUCUCUCUCUAUCGGAGUGUCUCUCUCGCACACUGGAUAUCGGUGUUUUUGUGUCAGUGUCAAAAUCGAAUACCGCCUAACCCCAUGAUUACAAUCGUUAGCCUUAGAAUAUUGCCAAUGUCAAUGCUAAUCAUACACAAAAGUGCUAUAAUUAAACUUUUGUGUCCUGCCAAAAAACAAGUCGAAAGUGGAAUAUGCUAGAGAAAUCCUAAAUAAGCCUGAGCAUCCAUUUUAGAGUGCUUUUAUAGUCUUUUUACAAAACACAAAUACAAACUAGUGGUGAUUGCAAUCCAACCAGCUCGCAUUGGUUUCAUAAGGUGCUUAGUGUGCAGAAACGCAGUUAUUCCUCCGAAUAAGUACAAAGAUAUCCCCCCGAAAACCACUCGUCUUGCCAACUCUACGCUCACCGAAAGCGGAUAGUAAUAAAAAUAGUCUUGCUAUAAACAUACGUAACCAUUGCCAGCUCAACGACUUGCCCACCAGCAUCAUCACCACCUCCUCCGCCAUCAUCAUCAUCAUCAGCACCGCACUCGCACCAUCUGGUGGUGCUGGUGUUGCUGUUGUCCUCGCACCGGGUCGUCGGAAACAUCGGCAAGAUAUCUUCGUUCGAAGAAGACUACCGGGCUGACAGGCCCAUGGUGCAGCGCGCCUCAUCCUCGGAUGCACCCUCCGUUCAGGGUGGCCAACAUCGAGAGUCUCGAUUUGGCCUUGGAUACCCCUCCUACCAGAGUGGAUACAACAAACUGUUCACACAGGGUUCUGCCGACUCGAACUACUCACAACCGUCAUCCGAUCUGUCGCUAGACGAGGAAAAGGAAUCGCUUCGGCGAGAAAAGGAACGUCAGGCCUUAAGCCAGUUGGAUAAAGCGAGGAGCAAACCAGUGGCGUUCGCUGUGCGAACCAACGUAGCAUACGAUGGCGCUAUCGACGACGAUUCGCCGGUGCAGGGCGGCGCAGUUUCGUUCGAGAUCCGGGAGUUCCUGCACAUCAAAGAGAAGUACGACAAUAACUGGUGGAUCGGCCGGCUGGUCAAGGAGGGCUGUGAUGUGGGCUUCAUACCCAGCCCCGCUAAGCUAGACAACAUUCGCAUGCAGAACCAAACCAGACCCUCAAGACUGUAUGGCACAAAGGGCUCGUCGAGCGGGAAUCUUGGUGCGGGCGGACAAGCAGGUGCGGAGCCAUCUCGAGGUAGCACACCCCCCACACCUGGUGACGAAUCAGAUUCCAUGGGACCAGGACGACAUGGCAAGACCCCGGUGGCGUCGGCCAACAAGGAGAAGCGCAAGCCGUUCUUCAAGAAGCAGGAGACGGCCAGUCCCUACGACGUGGUGCCCUCGAUGCGGCCCGUAGUCCUGGUGGGGCCCAGUCUCAAGGGCUACGAGGUGACCGACAUGAUGCAGAAGGCCCUCUUCGACUUCCUCAAGCACCGCUUCGAGGGCCGCAUCAUCAUCACGCGGGUGAUGGCCGACAUCUCGCUGGCCAAGCGCUCCAUCAUGAACAAUCCCUCGAAGCGGGCCAUCAUGGAGCGAUCCUCCAGCCGGAGCGACUGCCUCGGCAAGGUGCAGGAGGAGAUCGAGCGCAUCUUCGAGCUGGCCCGCUCGCUCCAGCUGGUCGUGCUCGAUUGUGAUACAAUCAAUCAUCCGUCACAACUAGCGAAAACUUCAUUAGCGCCAACAAUAGUGUACUUAAAGAUUAGUAGUAGUAAGGUUUUACAGCGUUUGAUCAAAUCACGUGGCAAGUCGCAGGCGAAAAACCUCUCCGUUCAAAUGGUCGCCGCCGAGAAGCUAGCCCAAUGUCCACCGGAUAUGUUCGAUGUAAUCCUAGACGAGAAUCAGCUGGAAGACGCCUGCGAGCACAUUGCGGAGUACUUGGAGACCUACUGGAAGGCCACCCAUCCGGAUAUAAGAGCCGUGCCGCCCAUCGCCCGCCCCCUGCCGCAGGAGGCCUCGCCCUCCGCCGAUCCCGCGCGUCUGGGUCCGACGCCUCCAGUAGAUGGCGAGGAGUUUAUCGAUGAGCAGGAUCAGGACCCCAGGAUGGGCAAUUCCGGCGGAGAGCGCGAGGGAAGUCGGGAGCGCGAUCGCGAUAGCAGGGAAAGGGAGCGCGAGAGGGAGCGGGAGCGGGAUUACUGGGAUCGGGAGUUCAACAGAGAUCGCAGCUCCAAGGAUCGGGAGAGGGACCUCGAGUGGGAGCGGGAGAGGGCUCGCGAGUGGGAGAGAGAGCGGGAACGAGAUUGGGAUAGAGAGUUCGAUUGGGACCAAGGAGGAACCUCUUACCAGCACAGCCGCCGACAACCGACCUCGGGUCGCCACCAGGAGCGCGGCGGCGGCGUUGGCGGUGGCUACGAGCGGGAUCGCGAGCGGGAGCGGUACGAGCGGCGCGAACGGGACCUAAUGCACUACGACCUGAACAGCGACGAGCUGCUGGACGAGCGCAACUUUGAGUAUCCGGCGAUGAGGAGCGGUCCCAGCGGCGCCUCCCACCACGGCCACCUGUCCAGGGGCGGGCGCCUGCUGGACGAUCCCGAGUUUGAGCGCGAGGAGGCCCAGAUGAGGAUGAGCAGCUCCCGCUACGGACCCUCGACCCGGAUCGACGACCCCCGGGAUCUGCCGCGGGGCGCCACCGUUGUCGAUCGCGAUGAAUACAGUCCGCACAGAGGUGGUGGGAGUAGUAGGAGAAUGCUUAAUGCCAUGUCGUCCAGACCUUUGGGCCUGCCCCGCCAAUCCUCCCUGCCCAGCAAUAGAGCCCCCACGUCCUACCUGCCCCGCCAGUCGUCCCUGGGCACCCACUGGCUGUCCUCCUCCUCCCAAAGUCCCCUCGAUCCCGGAACCCAAUCUCGCCGAGAGCUUUAUCCACUGCUGCACCAGCCGCAGUCGUAUCCCCAGGCCAGAUCCCAGUACACCCACUCGUACACAGCCGCUCCCCAGCACACAAGUCAGUCGCGUUCCCAGUCGCACUCGCACUCCCAGUAUCGGUACUCCGUGCAGGACACGUCCUUCGCCCACCCACCAAGAUCCCUGCGCGAGGAGUUCCUCAGUCCCACCAUGAGCAAGGUCGAAGCUGUCACGCACGCCAUUCGCAACAAGAUCAUCGUGGAGGAGGACGAGGAGGACAUCCUGAGCACGGAUCGGUUCUAUUAAAGAGAUUUCAGUCGCCACCCCGCGUCGAUUAGGUUUGGGUUACUUUUUUGAGGGCCGGAAAGCGAAAGCAGCAGUGCCAAAACACACGACACAUUUGUAAAUGUUCCAUUCGAAGAUCAGAUCAAUUUGGUAGCAACACACAGACACAACACACGAACAGAAACAGAAACACACAAAGUAGCUGGUUAAAUAUAAAGUGAGCGUUAAAGCGGCGGUUAAAGCGAACGUUAAAGCAAACCAAGGAAGCAGCCCAAUGCCAAGUGGGGCCUUAUGUGUCUUAAAUGCUAUAGCUAUAGCUAAGUGUAAUCAGAUUUUAUUUGAGUAAUGUGAAUUUAAAUUAAAUGGUCUAAGCCUAAGAUUUAAGCUAGUCGACAGAUGAAAAUUAAAAGUUAAAGGGAGUCCGCAGCCACCCAACAACAUUUGUUGGUCCCCCAAUGGGUCUCGUAUUUGUUAUGCAAUCGAUUGACUAAGUACAUACAUAAGUGUCAGCUUUAAUAAUUUAGUGAACGUGUCUUAAUCUAAGUCGAGCCACACAAGCACACACCCACACCCGCACACACACCCGAACACACACCAACACACACUCAGUUGACUGUGAACCGAUUGAAAUCUCUUUAAUCUCAAAUCGAUGCCUAAUUCUCGCAUCAUCCUUCUUCUUCCUCUGCGCAGAAUUGAUAUCUUCACACUUUCUUCAGCCCAUCUGCUAGGAAUUUUUCUAGUUGAAAAAAGAACACGUAGGACUACAGUGCGUUUCACAGCCAAAUAAGUACUCCUAAAAUAAUUAAGUUUAACUAAAUUCACGCAUCAUCUUUAUAACAUUCUUAUUAUUUUUCACUUAGAAUCUACUUUUGGUGACUGAUAAAAACUUGGAUCUUCCUGAAAUUUGAUUUCAUCACGUGUACCUUAACCGAACUGUCUGAAUAUUAGCAAAUAUUUCUUCAUAAACACAUCCAAUUUAUUAUAUUUAGACAUAGGAUUAUAUGUGAGAUCAAUUUUUUUUUACCAAUCAAGUUUCACAAGAAAUCUGGUGUUCAAUUAUGGAGUUCACAUAUAAUCCCAAGUUUAAUUAUAAUACUUAAUUCAAUACUUACAAAUUCAGCUUAAAUGAAACGCACUUUGUAGACUUCCUUCUUCCAACAGCAAUACUUUCGACCUAGAUACCUUGUCACACCAUAUCAUGCCACACACCUGCCAAAAAGCGCACAGUUCGCGAUCGCAGUUCAAAAUUUAAGUUGGACUGCUCGCGAACAGGCCUCCAAUCUGGGUCGGGAUCGAAGAUAGAUCACUGCGACGACCCGGGUUCAGGUAUAGCGAUUUAAACUACCAGUGCCUUAUAAACCAUCAAAUCGAGUUACACAACCGCACCCCACUCCACUCCAGAUAUCUUGCAUUUCCCGGCCAAAAAGGAUCAUCCUGUUCACAUAUACCAUCCGCUAAAGUCGAAUGCGUCAAAAUUAUUGUUCAAGUAAUGUAAGUACCUACACGUAAUGUCGAGACAAGAAACGUUGAUCUGGCCCAUUCCGAACGAGCACUCCUUUUACAAUUCCAACCACCAUGCUAAAUUUGUCGAUCAUUAGUUGUCGAACUGAGCUAGCGCCCAACAAUGAUGAACCGCACUGCAUUCAAAUCGAUCGCCACCUCGAGUAAGAGUUGAUGUAUAGCUACUAGCUAGUUGAUCUGUAAGCACACCCACAGAACCCAUCCUACUGUCCAAGGACUACAGCUGGAACCUCACGGGGACGAUGUUUGUAGAACCGUGUAGCGGACAGGCCAGGCCAUGAAGCCGAAAAUUAAAGCAAAAAUCUAGUACUUUUUUAUAUAAGAGAUACAAGGUGAUAUAACUAAAUUUUGGAAAGCAAAUUUGAACAGCGCACGACAUAUACAGAUACCUAGAUGAAAUUGUUAGCAACAUUCAGGAGGGGAAGGAUUAGAACCUAGGGGGACUGCAAAAUAAAGGAAUAACCUCUGAGAAAACACAUUCAGAGGUAUAUUUCCGAAUUACUUUCGAAAUGCAUAGCUCUGGAGUAUGAACGCCUUUCCCUUGAAGCGAAAUUGGAUGGGGUUGGCCAAGGCACUGGAGGCGCUUUAACGAGGAACAAAACAUUUAAAUAUAAUGGAAAGCAGCAUACGAUACGCAAGCACUUCUUGUAAAAAGUGGCAAACAAAAAUGAUCUAUGUAUUAGCUAAACCUAAAUGAAAUAUUACUUUUUAAUACUAGCGUAAAGUUAAAAACAAAACUAGAUACGAUCCUUCGCAGCUAAGGAGGGGACAAACGGAAUACUUAAGUUUAAAAGAUCAGUCGAUGAGAAUGUGUAUGUAAGAAUAUUGCACAUAAUUCACAGAACUGGUAAUUCAAUAUAUGAUAAUGGUAUAUAUUAAAAGGUACACACAUUUAUAAAGGUACAUAUACAUUUAUACAUGGAUAUGUAUGUUCUUACUAUAAUUAACAAAAUUUAAACCAAAACAGAUACAUCAGCCGGCAUUUUGUAAGCGUGAAAACCGAAAUAUAAAAAGUAAUAUGGAAUAAAAAUAAUAGAUUAUCCCAGAUAUUGUUAGAUACUUUCUGGAAACGGAAAGGCGAACUUUGCCAUGAAAAUUUCAUCAGAUCUGAUAGGAAUUAUGUUGAAAAUAUUUUGUAAGAUGCCUUAAAUUUCUCAACUAAAAUUCUUUGAAAGUUUCGGAAAACAAAACUUGAUAAAUUCAUAUAUUCCAUUACAUAACCUUCUUGCAGGUGGACUAAAAGUCUGCAUACAUUUUUGCAAAAAAACAGGUUUGCUUCUAAUAUAUAUAGCAAUUUUUUGUAAUAAUCAAAUCUUAUUUCCGAUUAACAAACAAACGAAAACAAAAACCAAGCAAUUUAAAUUUGUUGACACUCUAAAAAACUAAAAGAAACACACAAAUGCAAACAAAUUUUAUAGCAAGAAUACUGAAACUUUAAGGAGGAUACGCCUAUAUAUAAUUAAAUUUAGCGGUAAUAACUUCUCUACUUUUCAAGCCACUUUAAUAAGAAAAGCAAACCUUAUUUUUUUAGCCUAAAUCCCCUAUUAAACUGAAAAUAAAAGUGGAAAGAUUGACAAGAGCACGCCUGAGAAUUCCCUAUUCAAUAUAUUAUGAUUAACCAAAAGAUCCCCACACCGAAUACCCCAGAAAAAUAAACACGAACUAAUUGUGGAAAUAUCAACCCGAAUCCAAAUUUAUAUAGGAUAUUUUAUACAUGCAAAACAUAUACAUAUUGUAAAAAAAAGAGAAAACAGUAACUAAAACCCAAUCAGCAAUUUCCAAGAAUUGUAUGUAAAUAGUUUAUGAUAUUUAAAUAUGUUAACAAAUUAUUUUGUUACGAACUUUGUAAUAUUCCUUUAAUUUAAUGGUAAGGAUGAUCAUCUGCAAUCUCCUCGGCCAUGUUUUGUUGAUUUGUUUUCAUUUUUCGCAUUCAAAUGUUGUUCACAAUAUGUUUUUGGAAAAUACGUAGUUAAAUGAAAGCUAAAUUGCAAUUAAAAGCAAAUACAAUAAAAAUAUUGAAAAUAAA